CAGGUCCUGUAAGGACAAGGACACCACAGGUGGAGAAAACGAUCAUCUGUCCAAUCAACAAUGAAGAGAGACAGGAACAAGAUGGCCGACAGGGUCAUAAACCUCACCCUACAGAUACUCUUCCUGCUUACUGGAGAGGAUUACACAGUAGUGAAGAAGUCCUCUAGUGGGCGCUGUCGGGCCCCUGUGUGUGAAGGAUGGGGAAGAACCCUGAGCCCAAUCCCGGGGCCCCCACCUCACUCCCUGAUACAUGAGGAAAUGGAUGAACAGAAUAUCCUAGAACUGAUCAACAAGAUGAUGGAGCUGCUGACUGGAGAGGUUCCUAUAAGGUGUCAGGACGUGGCGGUCUAUUUCUCCAUGGAGGAGUGGGAGUAUGUAGAAGGACACAAGGAUCAGUACAAGGAUCAGGUGAUGAUGGAGGAUCAGCAGCCCCUCACAUCAGCAGUCAGAUCCAGUAAGAGAACAGCAGCAGAGAGGUGUCCCCGUCCUCUUCUUCCACAGGAUCAGGAUCAGCUUAUGGAUCAGGGUAAAGAUCUGAACUAUAUUAAUGCUUCAGACAUAAAGGAAGAAGAAGAGACAUAUGUGAGCGGUGAUGAUCAGUAUAAGAAGGACAUUCCUACACGAAAAAAUCUGAUCUAUAUUAAUUCUACAGACAGAAAGGAGGAAGAAGAGGAGACCGAUGUGAGCGGUGAUGAGCAGUAUAAGGAGGCCAUUCCUACAGGGAAAGAUAUGGACUAUAUUAAUACUACAGCCAUAAAGGAAGAAGAGACAGAUGUGAGCGGGGAUGAGCAGUAUAAGGAGGACAUUCCUACAGGGAAAGAUCUGAUCUAUAUUAAUGCUACAGACAUAAAGGAAGAAGAAGAAGAGACAGAUGUGAGUGGUGAUGAGCAGUAUAAGAAGGACAUUCCUACAGGGAAAGACCUGGUCUAUAUUAAUGCUACAGACAUAAAGAAAGAAGAAGAAGAGACAGAUGUGAGCGGUGAUGAGCAGUAUAAGGAGGACAUUCCUACAGGUAACCCCCAAGCAGAUUCUUGUACCAGGAGAUCAGAAGAGAAUCUUAUAUCUUCAUAUUAUAAAGCAGAUGAUGAUAUCACACAAGAUACAUAUGAAGAACAUUCCAUUAUCCCAGAUACACCCUCAGCCCUUCACAGCCAACAUCUGUCAUCUGUGAAUGUUAAGUCACAUCUUGUUGGGCAUCAGAGAAUUCACACAGGGAAGAAACUUUUUUCAUGCCAAGAAUGUGGGAAAUGUUUUAUUUUCAAAUCAGAGCUUUAUAGACAUGUGAGAAUUCACACUGGAGAGAAGCCAUUUUCCUGCGAAGAAUGUGGGAAAUGUUUUACUAUCAAACCACAUCUUGUUCGACAUGUGUUAACUCACACAGGGGAGAAGCCAUUUUCAUGCCAAGAAUGUGGGAAAUGUUUUACUCUGAAAUCAUAUCUUGUUGCACAUCAGAGAACUCACACAGGGGAGAAGCCAUUUCCAUGCCACGAAUGUGGGAAAUGUUUUACUAAGAAAUCAUCUCUUAGUGCACAUCAGGGAAUUCACACAUGUGAGAAGCCCUUUUCAUGCUCAGAAUGUGGAAAAUGUUUUAUUCUCAAAACAGAACUUAAUAUCCAUGUGAGAAAUCACACAGGGAAGAAGCCAUUUUCAUGCCAAGAAUGUGGAAAAUGUUUUAUUUUCAAAUCACAGCUUGAUAGACAUGUGAGAAUUCACACAGGAGAGAAGCCAUUUUCAUGCCAAGAAUGUGGGAAAUGUUUUAAUCAGAAAUCAAAUCUUGUUGAACAUCAGAGAAUUCACACACAAAAGAAGCAGAUUUCAUGACCAGAAUGUUGGAAAAGUUUGUUUUGUUAAAAAAACUAUUUUAUUUGGCGGAGUAAACAUGUGUGCGUUUUUUUGUGACUUUUCAUCUACCACACAAUCAGUUUGGGUUCAUUGGACGGUAAUUUAUGUGAAGUGCGACUUGAAAAGUGAAAAAAACUAAAAUAAUUGUAUCCCAUUUCUUUGUUGUGUAAAUCGUGUGGAAAUGAAUUGUUUAUUUUAUGGACAUAUAUUAUGCAAUUAAAGGGGUACUCUGCCCCAAACUUCUUCUCCCCUAUCCAAUGCAUAGGGGAUAAGAUGUUAGAUGGCGAGGGUCCUGCCGCUGGGGAGCCCUGCGAUUGCCAGCACUGCGCCCCGUCAUUCAGUGUACGGAGCAAACUCCAAUCUGUGCCCGAUGACUGUUGAUGCGGCCACCGCGCCCCCUCCAUUCACUUCUAUGGGAGGAGGCGUGACUGAUAAGUCAUAGCCGUCACGCCUCCUCCUAUUGACAUGAUUGUCACAGCGUGCUGCAAGCUUCCGCAUUCCUAACGCCGCCGCUGCCGACACAGAUUGUAAAAAAAAAAAAAUCGCCUCCCCCAAUAAAAAUUUAAAUUGUCCCUUUUUCCCAUUUCUACCCCCAGAAAGUAAUAAAAAAAAGAUUAAUAAACAUAUUUGGUAUCACCGCGUGCGUAAAUGUCCGAACUAUCAAAAUAUAAUGCUACUGAUCCCGUAUGGUGAAUGGCGUAAACGUUAAAAAAAAAAAAAAAGUCCAAAAUUGCGGCUUUUUGGUCACAUAAUAUAAAAAAAAAAAUUUCAAAUGUAUUAAAAGUUUAAUAUAUGCAAAUGUGGUACCAAUAAAAAGUACAGAUGAUGGCACAAAAAAGGAGCCCUCAUACCGCCGCUUAUACGGAAA